AUGCUUGGUCGGCCUUAGAUUUCUUCACUCGUUGUGCCUCAGAGCUGUUUCUUCACUCACUCUUCUGUUUUACCCAGUCAAUCAUUCAGUGUUUAAGUUAAUUCCUUUUUGCAUACAGCUUUCUUUGCUGUUGCACCACGCUCCUUGACCCAUUUUGCGCAUUACCAAACGCCCCAAGACGCGCGCUCUGCCUUUGAUUCUCGGCGAACCAACCUAAGCUCUUGCCAACCCCAACCACACUUCUUGGAAAACAUCUUGUGCUCUCCCUAUCGAUAUGCGCGGACUCAUUGCAACCACGGCCCUGCUCGCAGGCGUGCAGGCUGCCGUUGACCCUAUUGUCAUCAAGGGGCAAAAGUUCUUCAUGAAGAACAGUGGUGAACAAUUUUUCAUGAAGGGUGUUGCUUAUCAACAGGAAGUAAACUCCAACACCACAGCCACUUCGACCGAUUCGCUCAAGAUCACCGACCCCCUCGCUGAUUCGUCAGCAUGCAAGCGCGAUAUCGCUAUGCUCAAGAAGCUCAACACCAACACCAUUCGUGUCUACGCUAUUGACCCCAAGAAGGACCACACCGAGUGCAUGACCCAGCUCGCAGAUGCUGGUAUCUACGUCGUUGCUGACUUGUCCGAGCCUGGACUGUCUAUCAACCGUGACGACCCUGGCUGGACUGUCGAUCUCUACAAUCGCUACACUAGCGUUGUUGAUGAGAUGAUGAAGUUUGACAACACCCUUGGUUUCUUUGCAGGUAACGAGGUUAGUAACCAGCCUAACAACACCGUUGCCAGUGCAUUUGUCAAGGCCGCUGUCCGUGACACCAAGGCCUACAUCAAGAGCAAGAACUACCGCGAGAUUGGUGUUGGUUAUGCCACCAACGACGAUGCCGAUAUUCGUGAGAACAUGGCCAACUACUUCGACUGUGGUGACAAGGACAGCGCUAUCGACUUCUGGGGUUACAACAUCUACUCCUGGUGUGGUGACUCUUCCUUCACCAAGUCCGGCUUUGACGUUCAGACCAAGAACUUUGAAAAGUACAACGUCCCCGUCUUCUUCGCCGAAUACGGUUGCAACACCCCCCGCCCCCGUUUGUUCACCGAGGUCAAGGCUCUCUAUGGCAAGGACAUGGUUAACACCUGGUCUGGCGGUAUCGUCUACAUGUACUUUGAGGAGGCGAACGAGUUUGGUCUCGUUUCUAUCAAGGACGGCAAGGCUGUACCCAACGACGAUUUCGACAACCUGUCUUCACAGAUUGCUAAGGCUACCCCAGUUGGUGUCAAGAUGGCUGACUACAAACCUACCAACACCGCCGCUGCCUCGUGCCCCAAGGUCACCGCUGGAAAGUGGGAGGCCGAGUCCGACCCUCUCCCCCCUCCUGCCAACUCUAACCUCUGCUCAUGCAUGAUGGAGACCCUCUCAUGUGUCGUCGCCGACAAGACUGAUGAGGACGACUUUGGCGACAUCUUUGGCUUCGUCUGCGGAUUGAAGGACGGCGAGUACUGUGCAGGCAUCAACAAGAACGCCACUUCUGGUCCCUAUGGUGUCUACGGUAUGUGCUCCAACCGUGAGCAGCUCUCUUUCGCUGUCAAUGCCUACGCCAAGAAGAACAGCGGCGGCUGCAACUUCAAGGGCAAGGCUACCACCCAGUCUGCCAACCCUAGCCCUACUGCUUCCGGCUGUGCUUCACUUCUCAAGGAGGCUGGUGCUGCUGGCACUGGCUCCGUCGCUGGCGGUGCUGCUGCUGCUGCCUCCAGCACCAGCUCCGCUGGCUCUGGCUCUGGCUCUGGCUCUACUGGCGCCGCUUCUGCCCUCUCCACUGACGGUGUCUUUGGUCUCGGUCUUUACAUGCUUGGUGCCGUUGCUUCAGGUAUGGCUAUGAUCCUGUUGUAGAUGAAAAACUCUUCUUGAUAGAAGGGCUAUUUGAUUGGGUUGUUGUGGGUUGACCUUGUAGUUUUUCACAUUUGCAUUGUUUGCGUGGGUUUGCGCUUAUUCCCAUUUGUAUCACUCGUUUUUCUAUAUCCUAUACCACCGUGUGUGGUCUGUCAUGGAAUGUCCUUUUUUCUGAAAGAAAUUGUAAUUA